CUCUCUCACACACACACACAAACAUCACAUUUCUCUCUCUCUGCUCUCUGUCUCGAGUUUAUCAAGAAAACUACAUAUAAACACUGACACACUACAUCUCUCUGUGUGGUUCUGUUUUGAGGACAUGAUCUGGAAACCCUAGAUCUGGUUUGGGAUUCUUAUAGCAAUGGCGAAAAUGUAUCUGGUUGUUCUUUCGGUGAUUUUUCUGCUGAUGGAAUGCGUUUAUGCGGUGAUUUAUUCGUCGAGGCUGAUUCAUAGGUUCUCGGACGAAGUGAAGGCGCGUAGGGUUGCUAGGAGGAAGGGAGGAGAGGUGAAUGGCUUGUGGCCAGAGAGGAAAAGCUUGGAGUACUAUCGAGUGGUUGCGAGCACUGAUUUGCAGAGGCAGAAGAUGAAGCUCGGUCCUCAGUUCCAGUUCCUGUUUCCGUCUGAGGGCAGCAAAACGUUGUGGUUUGGAAAUGACUUCGGAUGGUUACAUUACACCUGGAUUGAUAUAGGAACACCGAAUGUUUCUUUUCUUGUUGCACUGGAUGCUGGAAGCGAUCUGCUUUGGUUACCAUGUGAUUGUAUGCAAUGUGCUCCAUUAUCUGCCAGUUACUAUAAUAGCCUGGAUAGGGAUCUACAUGAGUAUAAUCCAUCUGACUCAGGCACCAGCAAGUACCUAUCUUGCAGCCAUUGGUUAUGUGAACUGGGUUCAAGUUGCAAAAGUCCUGAGCAGUCAUGCCCGUACACUGUUAACUACUAUUCAGAAGAUACAUCGACUUCUGGUUUACUGGUUGAGGACGUAUUACAUCUUGCAUCAGGCAGUACUGAUGCGUCCAACAAGUCUGUGCGCCUUCCAGUUGUUAUAGGAUGUGGUAGUAAGCAAAGUGGUGGUUACCUGGAUGGAAUUGCUCCUGAUGGUCUUAUGGGCCUGGGACUUGGAAAUAUCUCCGUUCCAAGUUUUCUUGCUAAAGCUGGUUUCAUUCGGAACUCUUUCUCGCUAUGUUUUGACGAGGAUGGUUCAGGGAGGAUAUACUUUGGGGACCAGGGAUUAGCUAUCCAACAAGCUACUCCAUUUCUUGCUUCAGAUGGGAAAUAUGUAACCUACAUUGUUGGAAUGGAGGCAUGUUGUAUUGGGGGUUCUUGCCUUGAGCAGACAAGCUUCAAAGUACUGGUUGAUAGUGGCUCAUCAUUUACCUAUAUUCCUAAUGAAAUCUACAAAAGAGUUGUUCAGGAGUUUGACAGACGAGUAAAUGCUACAAAAGCUAGCUUUGAAGGGUAUCCUUGGCAGUAUUGCUACAGGUCCAGUUUUGAAGGAUUGCCAAAAACUCCUUCCGUGACACUUAAAUUUGCAUCAAACAACAGCUUUGUGGUCGAUAAUCCUGUUUUUGUGAUCCAUGGCACUGAGGGAGUUGAUGGAUUUUGUUUAGCCAUACAGCCAGCAGAUGAGGAUAUUGGAACAAUUGGACAAAACUUCAUGACCGGAUAUCGCAUGGUAUUUGAUAGAGAAAAUCUGAAGCUGGGUUGGUCACACUCCAAUUGUCAUGAUCUUGGGGAUGGUAAGAAUAUGCCGCUGACUCCAUCUCCUAAUGUUAGUUCUCCCAACUCAUUGCCGACAACUGAGCAGCAAAACACAACUAAUGGGCAUGCAGUUGCUCCUGCUGUUGCUGGAAGGACUCCCUCAAAAUCCUCUGCUGCAUCAAUCCGACAAAUGACAUUCCAAUUAUGUUUAGCCGAGUUGCUGUUGUUGUAUACUACUGCCUACAUAUUCUAAGGUCGAUGUUGGAAUUGCUGGGAGAUAUAUACCAAGCCUGUAGUCUGACAUGUACAUUAUAUUACCCAUAUAUGGAGACUUCGUCAUCUCUCUCCUUUGUUUGUCUUCCCUUUCCCCCUCCACCCUACUUCCCCUUCUUUUUUCCCCUUAUUCAGAUCAUCAAAUUGGGUGGGGGUUAUCUGAUAUACAUAAAUUUCUUAUUGUAUGUGGUUAUUGGUUUAUUUUUCGUUUUUUCCUCAUUUUGUGUAAUCUGCUA